AUGCCUCUCGACACAUCGACCUACUCUAUGGCGCUGCUGCGCGUCGAUGGCCGCCGAUGGAACGAGCUCCGACGGCUGCACGCCCAGAUCCGGACACAAGACGCCGCCGAUGGCUCUAGCUACCUCGAGAUGGGACACACCAAAGUCAUGUGUGUCGUGACCGGUCCGACCGAGCCCCAGCGUCGCGGAGGUGCGGGCGGCCAGUCCAAGGAGGCUGCCGUCACCGUCAACCUCGUCGUCGCCGGCUUUAGCUCUGUCGACCGCAAGAAGCGGGGCCGCAACGACAAGCGAACACAGGAACUCGAGGCCACCAUUGCCAAAGCCGUCUCGGCGAACCUUCACACCCACCUCUUCCCCCACAGCAGCAUUUCCAUCUCUCUACACGUACUGUCGCAAGACGGUUCACUGCUGGCCGCCCUCCUAAACGCUUCGACACUUGCCCUCAUCGAUGCGGGUAUUCCAAUGACCGACUACAUCGCUGCGUGCACGGCGGGUUCGACUUCGACAUAUGCAGCUGCCGAUGACGGUGCAGAUCCUUUGCUGGAUCUCAACACCCAAGAGGAGCAGGAAUUGCCGUACAUGACGGUCGGAACUCUGGGUUUGACGGACCGCGUUGCUGUCCUGGUGUGCGAGAGUCGCGUCCAGGUCAGCCGUCUGGAGGGCAUGCUUGCGGUUGGUGUGGAUGGAUGUAAACAGGUACGGCAGUUUAUGGACCGCGUUGUCAAGGAGAAAGGUCGGCAGAUGGUGCAAGAGGGUGUGGUGGAAAGAGGUACUGGCUUGGAUCUGGAGAUGGAAUCAUGA